GAGUACAGAGGUGGGUUUUACUACCCCCAUCUCUCCAACCAUCGCCAAACACCAACCUUCCCACCCUCUCUCUCUCUCUCUCGACCCUCUGCUCUACAUUAAACGCAAACCCAAAACGCGAUUUCCUUCGCGAAAUGUCGAAUUACACCGUCGAGUCCUGCAAGGUGGAGUCCGCCGACCGGGUCGUCCUCCACACCCGGCUGUUCAAGCCGCGGGAAGGCCCGGCCGCCGGCGACGGCGGCGGCGGCGGCGGCCUGGGCGUCGUACUGGUGCACCCCUACACGGUGCUCGGCGGGUGCCAGGCCCUGCUGAGGGGCAUGGCCUCCGGGCUCGCCGGGAGGGGCCUCGUGGCGGUGACCUUCGACAUGAGGGGCGCCGGGAAGUCCACCGGGAGGCCGUCGCUCACCGGGUUCGCCGAGGUCAAGGACGUGGUCGCCGUCUGCAAGUGGGCCUGCGACAACCUCUCGCUCCGCAGGGUCCUGCUCGUGGGUUCUUCUGCCGGGGCACCAAUUGCUGGCUCAGCUGUGGAUCAGAUUGAACAAGUCGUGGGAUAUGUUAGCAUAGGUUAUCCUUUUGGAAUGAUUUCGUCAAUUCUCUUUGGGCGGCACCAUAAAUAUAUCUUGCAAUCCCCGAAACCGAAGCUCUUCAUCAUGGGAACUCGCGAUGGCUUUACGAGUGUGAAGCAGCUACAGAACAAGCUGAGUGGAGUGGCAGGUCGAGCUGAAACGCAUCUGAUUGAAGGAGCGGGCCAUUUUCAAAUGGAAGGCCCUGCUUUUGAUGCGGAGAUGUUUAUAUUCAAUUACAAUGACAGGUCAGCCAAACCUAACUCUAGUAAGGUUACAGGCUCAGACAUUGUUUGAACUGGCUGGGACUUGAAAUGCAAUUGCGCUUUCAGUAAAAUAUGGGAUGUUGAGAAAACCACCGUCUCUGGUUCUCUCCAUCAGAUCCAGAACUUGGUGUGCUCAAAGUCCCAAACUGCCACUUUCCUGCCCUUUUGGGAGGCUACAAUCCCUUUUCAUCUGUUGUAAAGAUAGAAGAAAAGUACAAAGAAUUGAAAAUUGCACUUUGGACAAUCGUGAACCGACAACAUUAUACCCAUAAAAGUUUGCUCCCCAUGGGCAUCAUUGAACUAUGAUAUUUUUAUUCGUCAUUCAAUCCAAUUUCACAAAUAUUUGAAAAAAGAAGGGCCACUCUGAGGAUGGAUGACUGAAAUACAAUGUACAAGGAGGGACGAAAGUGAAAAAUUUUAAAAAAAAAAAAGAAGAAAGAAGAGAGAAAUGAAGAACUUGAGGACCGCCGAACCUGACUGUGUAUACUUUGAUUCUGACAA